UCUUGCUACUUUCACCUUCUGCUUUCCAAUUGAGAGAAAAAAACUAAAAACAAAAAAGAAGCAAAUACAUGGAGAAGCCAGAAAAGAUUGGAAGGUUUUCAAGCUGCCGAGGUGUGGCCUUUGAGAUCAAACCACAUUCAGAUCCAUUCGCUGUCACAACUCCGGCCAUAGCCGACCACCACGGAAGCAAAAGACAAUGGCUUCCAUGGGGCAGCUCUUCCAAAAUAGUCCCAUCUUCCAGUAUCAUACAAAGGUCCACGAGUCGAGCCAGUAGUCAUUUCUGUGAUCUAGAACUUGAUGGUGACGAAGAUGAUGACGAUAUUUUAAAGUCUUUGGAAGAAGGAAACGAGGAAGAUGGACUGCACCCAGUUCCCCUUCUCGUUCCUCCUUCCAAAAUCCACUGCGAACAACCUCCUAAGGCUCCAAAGCCCAAAGAUUCAUCAAGACUAUCGAUUAUUCUCCUCGAUCAAGGCCUUUUCACGGUCUACAAGCGACUCUUCGUAGUUUGCUUGGCCUUGAACGUCACCGGUUUAAUCCUUGCAGCCACCGGGCAUUUCUCAUAUGCAAGGGGAAGAGCUGCUCUCUUCUCUAUUGGUAACAUUCUCGCUUUGACUCUGUGUCGAAGCGAGGCGUUCUUGAGGGUUGUCUUCUGGCUUGCAGUUAAGCUCUUUGGGUGGUCGUGGGUGCCUCUGCCACUCAAGACCGCCUUGACAUCGCUCCUACAGUCUCUAGGAGGGAUACAUAGCAGCUGUGGUGUCUCCUCCAUUGCUUGGCUCGUAUACGCUUUAGUUCUUACUCUCAAAGAUAGAGAAAACAGUUCUACCGGAAUUGUAUGGGUUGCAUCGAUGAUUCUGUGUCUGCUCUCCUUCUCUGCCUUCGCAGCAUUCCCUCUUGUCCGCCAUCUCCACCACAACGUGUUUGAAAGGACUCAUCGUUUCGCUGGAUGGACAGCUUUAGCUCUCCUCUGGACCUUUAUUAUCCUUACAAUCUCUUACGAUCCAAAGACAAAAUCCUACAGCAACCAACUGGGAUCUAGAUUGAUAAAACAACAAGAAUUCUGGUUCACACUAGCCAUCACACUGCUAAUAAUCCUCCCUUGGCUGACAGUCAGGCGUGUCGCAGUUAUGGUCUCGGCUCCUUCUACUCACGCCUCGAUAAUCAAGUUCCAAGGUGGUGUCAAAGCGGGUAUACUGGGUCGGAUCAGCCCCUCACCGUUAUCAGAAUGGCACGCAUUUGGUAUCAUUUCGGAUGAUAAGAAAGAACAUAUGAUGUUGGCUGGUGCAGUUGGGGACUUCACGAAGUCAUUGGUUUCCAACCCACCUAGCCAUUUGUGGGUUAGGCAGGUUCACUUUGCUGGUCUGCCAUACCUCGUGAACAUGUACGAUCGAGUUUUGCUGGUGGCGACUGGCUCGGGUAUCUGCGUCUUCUUGUCAUUUCUGUUGCAGCCUUGUUCAGCUAAUGUUUGCUUGAUCUGGGUUGCGAAGGGGAUUGAGCAGAAUUUUGGAAAAGAAAUUAAAGAUUGGGUGAGUGGGUACCCAAAAGAGAAAGUGAUUGUUCAUGACACGGCGGUGCUUGGCCGCCCCAAUGUGUCUCAGAUGAGUGUCCACGCCGCGAGGAAUUGGAAGGCUGAAGUGGUGAUUGUUACUAGUAAUCCAGAAGGGAGCAGAGAUGUUGUCAAUGCUUGCAAAGCUGAAGGAAUUCCUGCAUUUGGCCCCAUUUGGGACUCUUGAAAGUUUUAGAAUUGGGUUAAUAUUUCAAUUCCAAAGUUUUGCUUGGUUUUACGGAAUUUGCAGUGAUUAAUAUUUGUUUCCAAAGGAUAUAAAAAUUUGUUUGAUUGUUUGGUGUUCUGUACUAAUAAUAUUUCUUUUGAUGCUCAAGGAACUUGAUUGUCUUUCUUUCUUCUUUCGUGUUUACAGUUUCUUCUUCUUAU